GCAAAGUUGGACUGAGAGCACAUUUGCGUUCUCUGAUAACACCUUCACAGCAUUAACUGGGCUCCAAAGGAUAGCGGAUUGACGGAUCGCUCGCAGGAGCAGCACAUCACAAAGGGUAUCCACCUUUUAAAAUCCUUGGCAAGAUGGCAACUAGACUUGCGGCAGCGGCGCAGGCCACCAGCUCAAAGGGCAAGAGAAAGCUCAGGGAGGAGGAUGAAGAGAUCGCUGCUUCAACCACGCCGGCCCUACGGAAAAACAGGCAGCGCGUUCUUGUUCUUCCCUCACGCGGCGUCACCUCACAGAUGCGCCACCUCAUCAAUGAUAUCGAAUCGCUGCUGCCGCACUCGAAGAAGGACUCCAAGCUCGACUCCAAGUCAAAUCUGCACAUCCUAAAUGAGCUUGCCGAAUUAAACAAUUGCAAUAACACACUCUACUUUGAAGCGAGAAAGCACACAGACCUGUACUUGUGGAUGUCCAAGACUCCCAAUGGCCCUUCUGUCAAGCUUCAAGUGCAGAACAUUCACACGAUGGACGAGCUCAAAAUGACCGGCAAUUGUCUCAAGGGUAGCCGGCAUGUUGUCAGCUUUGACAAAGGAUUCGAUUUAGCUCCUCACACGAUGCUCAUGAAGGAACUUCUGACGCAGAUCUUUGCCGUUCCACGGACAUCGCGGCGAACAAAACCAUUCGUCGACCACGUACUAUCCUUCUCCUACCUGGACGGGAAAAUAUGGUUCCGCAACUUUCAGAUUACUGAAUCAUUGGCACACGAGAGCGCAUCGGAGCUGGCAGCGGCAGCUCUUGAAAACGCGAAAGACCGUGCCUCCAAGUCGAAAAAGGGGAAAGAUCAGAAUGCUAAGCCGCCCACCCUGAUUGAGAUCGGUCCACGGUUCGUCAUGGUCCCCAUCAAAAUUUUUGAAGGCAGCUUUGGAGGGGCGACGCUCUUUGACAACCCAGAAUACGUAUCACCCAACGCAGUUCGGCAUGCCAUGCGCAGAAAGAAGGGAGAGAAGUUCACAGACAAGGUCAAGCAGCAGAACGCUCUCGAAGAGAAGCGAGCUGCCUUGCAGCUACCUGAGGAUGAGCUUUCCAACCGUAAAGUCUUCGGCUAAUGCCAGAGCGCAUGCGCUGUUGGGGUCACAGAUCCAAUGAUUUGUACUUUAAAGUGCAACAGUCACGCACGUGUACCCUA